AUGCCUUUCCAGAUCAUCGACCUCCGACAGGCCCGGGACCCUGCACGCCAGUUCUACGAAUACCCCAUAAACCCAACCCUCGUCUACAAUCUGGAUCGACUGCGCAACGGCCUUGAGAUGACCUGCGGUCGCAACAACUUCAUCGUCUACGGAGACAUCAUGCAACUCACCAUUCGAGUCGAAACAUACCAGAAUCAAAACCUGAUUGCGCAACUCCAGACUCAGGGCGCCCUCCGUCACCAGGCAACAGAAGAGCUUCCCCAGGCUGUCAGGCACGCUAUCAUGCGGAACGGCUGGUACCAGAUACAGCCUCAUGAUCGAGAAUAA